AUGUACACCGACACACGCUCACAUACUCACAGAGACGAGCUGCUCGUGUGCAAAACCAGCUGCACUACCGAAAAACUUCAAGCAAUUGGUAUAGAAUUCGUAUAGAAUUUUAUAUACGGCACCAGCAAAUAGGCAUACACGCACACAUGCUCACGCAAAGACCGAUAAAUGACACACGAAACAAAAAAAAAAGAUCAGGAAAACGACAAAGAAGAAGCAGCCAUGUAAUGUUGUAUGCGACCAGCGCUAUAUUGGAUUGAUCUUUAGCAACCCGUAUCUUAAUGGUUUGCAUAAUUGUUGUUUAUGGAAUUUUAACACGAUUGAAUUGUACAGUCGACAUUGCCCAGAAAUUAUCGAUGUGCCCAUUAAAAACGAUUUAUUAUGAAAUGACUUGUGUGUUUUUAUCCAACUGCAUGCGUCGAAUAGGUGCAAAUGCGUUGCGCUAAAGAUAUCUCUCCUAUGGCGAUAAGUUUGCUUGGUAGUAGUAAACGGCAAAGCGAUUCGAAAAAAGAGACUUAAUCGACUAGUUAGAACAAUCGAAUGGCUCAGUUCACCACCACCUCAAUCACACACCGAGAGCAGAACCGAGUGCGUUGUGUUCAGUUUUUUAUUCGAUAAAAUUUGUAAACUAUAUAGUAAAUAAUAAUAAAAAACGACUAAACAUUAACCCGACUCUCAAAAAAAAAACACCUUACAAAAGCUAAAACAAACAUCAACAUCCACCAGUUUUUGAAGGAAAACAUUUUCAAUAUUAUUAAAACAGAAAAAAAAACAAACAAGAAAUUUCGCUUUCUUUGUAUAAAAAAAAGUAUCUUUAGUUUAAUUUUCGGAUUAUUUUAUCGCGUUACUCACACUUUUAAAUUGUAAAAAAAAGCAUCAACAACAAGAUUUCAACCAACAAAAUUCAACGUAACAAAUAGUUUCCGUGUAAAUAGUUUGUGUACAGUUUAUUUUAACCAAUUUCAAAUUGAAAAAAAAACAAAACAAAAUAGAAAAUUCACAAAACAUCGCACCAUCGUAAACAAAACUCAUUAUCGAUAAAAAAAAAACAAUAAUAUCCAGAGAAAUAUCCAGUGAAGAACGUUUGAAUAAUCAAAUUUGACCGAAAAGGAAGUGAUUUUCGAAGUAAAUCAACAAAUUUGUGCAAAAAUUCUCAUCGAAACUCAUUUGAUUCUUGUGCAUUCUUGUGAAUGCAAAGACCAACGGCAAGAAACAAAAAAAAACCAUCGCAGUUUCUGUGUUUUUCUCGGCUUUUCAUCGUGUGCUGCAAACGAGUUUUGUUUGAAAAGAGAAAAGAACAGAGACAGAGACAGAGAAAGAGCAAAAGAGCACCUCGUGAAUUAAAAGAAAAUACAGUGAAUGAGGAAAAAAAGCGAAUAACAGAUAAAAGAAUCCAUCAAAAAUCACCCGACCAUCGAAAGAAUUGCUGGACGACGAGAAAGAACCAGCAACAACAACAACAACAACAACAACUCCGCUCAGUUCAAUUGUGAGUGUGAAUAUUCCUGCGAUAUACAACAAAGAACCACACGGAAAAAAGCGUACUCUGUGUGUGUGUGUGUUGUUUUUUCCUCAAUGCUUCUUCGCUUGAUAUAGAACCGAGGAAGAGACAGACAUCGUUGCCAUAUACACAUUUGGUAGCGGCAUCGAGUAUAGUGUAUUUGUGCGUGCUUAGUAAUUGUUGUUGCUAUUUCGUACCGUGUGUGCGUUUUUAGUCUGAAUUUUAAUUCCUUUCGGUCGUUGGUGCCGUUGUAGUCAUCGCUGUUGUCGUCGUUGUCGUCGUCGCCGUUUUCAUCGUAUCCGCCGUCGUCGUCGUCAUUCGCUUGUAUAGUGACUCUCAGUGUUUCUCAUUCUCUUGCUCCCUCACACAAACAUACACAAUCACGCUGGCUGUUGUGUUUUCAUAUAAAUAUUAAAAUUUUCGGAACUUUUUCACUCGUGUGUAUAACAAAAUAUAUAAUCCAACAAACAUCCAAAAACAUCAAACGAAAAGAAAAACAUAAACUGUGUGUAUAAAUUUUUUUUUCUUGUUGAAACAUAAAAAACACUGUCCUGUACAUUCUUGUAAUUUACGUUCUUUAGUUCGAUUCAGAAAGAAAAAAGCCAUUGUGUCAUUUCGGUUCUGUUUGUAAAUUGUACAUAAUAUUUUCGAUUCCAACAGACAACAAUCGAAAGUGUCGUUUCAUUGUACAGUUUUAUGGAUCGAAUGAAACGCUAAACAACAAACAAAUAAAUAAUAUAUUUAGAAAAGGAACGCAUUCAAAUCGGACAAACAAAAAACAUAGCAAUAUCAUCGAUGUGACAUUACGUUCGCGACAACAGCAAGAAACAAACCGAAGAGAAAAAUAAUUGAAGAAAACACAAAAAUAAUUCGAAAAAACCGAAAAAUUUCGUGUUGGUAUCCACAUUUUGUGACUGCACUGACUUUGGGAAGUGAAGUGUGUGCGCGUGCGGUUCAUUAUUCAGCUCUGUUUUGUGCAAACAUCAUCAUUGCCGCUCCAAAAACAACAACAACACACACACUCUCUCCCUCGCUCACUGGUGACAAUUCGUAUACACACAAUUUGUAUCGUUCAAUCGUUGCUUCGUUUCGUGCAGUGACAAUUUAAGUAGCCAUUUCGGACGGAGCGUCAUCGCAUUACCUGCCUGCGAGACUGUGUGAUUAUUGUGUUGACAAUUAUCAGUUGCCAUUGAAAUUGAAGGGAACCCAUUAUCGAUCCACUGCAAAAAUAUUCACGCAUUUCAACGCCGAGACAGCAAAAAAAAACCUCAAUGGAAUUCAACCGAACCGAACACAUCAGCGAACUUGUACAUAAUUUGUAAAAAAAAAACAACAACAGAGAAACGACGAUACUUUUUUUUGUAAUUAACUCAGCAUCCAGUUGAUUUUUUGUGUUCGAAUAACACGCGUCCGUUUCGCGCAUAUUUUGAACUUGUUAUGCGCAAAGAAGUCUUCAAAACCAUACCAAUUUGGAAGUUGCAUAAUUUCAACUCACUUCAAUUCUAAUUAGACUGAUUGUGUUAGCAACCAUAAAAUCAACGGUUCAAUCAUUUCGCACACAACCGAAAACAACAGAGAGGCACACAAACGCUGACAAAUCGUGUAACUUGGAAUUUAGAUUCAACGAUCGAUCAGAAAAUUAAAAAAGUUCCUUUUUCAUUGGUUUUCUGCGUUGAAGAGUCAGUUUUCGCCAAGCAACAUCAACACCAACAUCGACAUCAUUGUUGCUACUAGUAUCCAAACGCAAGUGUAGUGCGAAUAAAACGACGAAAUAAUUUUGUCCAGAAUUUUGCUUGCUUUACUGGGAUUAAGCGUUGUCUGCGUGCAAUUCACGUACUCCCAUGUAAAACUUUUGUGCGAAUAAUACCCGUGUACACAAAUGUGAGAAGAGGAAAAAUCCGACUCAUCGUAUCGCACUAAAUACAGAAAACGAGCAUUUUAUCGUAGUUGCCAGUGUCGAGGAUCCAUCCGAAUGCGGCCCGUGACCGUGCCGAACACGCGUAUUUAUAUAUAUAUGUAUGUGAUUCAAGUGUGCAUUCAAGCUGAGCUGAGCUGAGCUGCUGCUGCUGCUGAAUUGAGUUCGGCAUUUAUGCAUGAAAACUGAUUUAGGUGUGUGCAAGCAAAAAGCGUUGCGUUUGUAUAAGUGAGUGUGUGUGUCUUGCCGGGAAUUGUGUAGACAUUGCAUUGGAAGCUAAUAACAUUGCAAUAGACAUAUAGAGUGUGUAAAAUCUGAAUGCAAAAUAAAAGAAGUGUCAAUUCGGCUCUACGAGAACCAUAGCACGUAAGCGGUGUGUUGAACCAAGAAAAAAAAACAAACCAAUCUUAGAAAAUUUGCCAGUCACCGAAUGGACAGCCCAUUGUAAACUUGCUGUCUGACGUGCGCCGAUCAUCCAAGCAAACCGACACAAAAUUCAAUUUGGUGAAAAUCCAUCCGUUCUAUUGUUAUAUGUGAAGUGUGUGUGUGGCUCUGUUGAGCAGAACAUUCUUCGGUUUUUUUUUCAUUUUGUGCAAAACGACAAGGCAACAAAAUCCGCUCAAUUUGUUUGUACAGUAUCAACCCGAUCGAAAGAAGAAAAAAAAACACACAAAACGCAAAAUCCACGACAGAGAGAGAGAGAGAGAGAGAAAAAAAACCGAAACGAAUAACAAAAACAGAGACAAAACCUCAACUGCGAUCCGAAUUUCGUGAAUCGAACUCAAAGUGUUGAAAAUGUAAAUUUCCAGGUUCAUUUUUUUUCGUCGCUUAUCUUUGUAAAUAGCCUGUGUAUAUUUGAAUAAAAUUCGAAACGCAUUGUAUAUAAUUUUGAUUCAAUCGACGGCAAAAGCAAAAUCGCAGCAAAAGGAAUACAAGAAAAAGAGUUACAUAAAUCCAGGUGAAUCAAAAUAAACACAAACCGCUUUCAUUUUCUGUGUGAGGUUUUUUAAUUUGUUUUCUACAUUUUUGGUCGAAAAAAAUCACUAGAUCGGACCAAAGAAGAAAAGUGCGUCUCUUCUUUAAGUGAAAAAAAAUUAUCAUCGUUAUCGAAGUGAACACGCAGAAUAUAUAAUCUGUGUGACAAGUGACCCAAGCAAAUAGAGAACACAACGCUUCAGAUUGACAACAACAACAAAAAUCAACAGCAAAAAGUUGUCAAUAUUUCAUCAUAGAAUACAAACGUUGUUUUGUAUGAAAAAGAAAUAUCUAAAGUCUGAUGAACCAACAGAAAAAGAAAGUUAACUGCGUGAUUUGCAUUUAAAACGAGUGUAAAAAAAGAAAGAAAAUUUAACGCAAUUUCCCGGUGUAAAUAAUUGUAAAAGGUUUUUAAAAAAAAAGAAUAGUGAAAAAAAAGUGUGAAACGACAGAACAAAAGGUCGACAAGUGAAAGAGAGCAAAAAAAUAGAGAAAAUUAACAAAGAGAAAAAUCAAGAGAGAAAAAAAUUAAGUGAUUUAAAAUGAAACUAUUGGGUGCAAACGACGAUAUGAAUGGUGGCAGAGGACCAUCGGCACAUCGAUCGCAAGACGAUGCGGCCGUUGGUUACGUAUUCCAACGACAUCCACAUGAAGCUGAUUUUCCACAUUUUUCCCACAAGCAAACACCGCAGCCGCCACCACGCUGGGCAUCUGGCGACGAAACUAUUAUCGAUAGUCAAGAUAAAUGGAAAUACAAUGGUCCGAUGAAUUCAAAUCCAAUAUCGGCGAUCGGUGGUGGCAUCUCAAUGCAGCAAUCGCAACAGCAAUCACAUCAAGUGCCACCGAACACAAUCGGUAAGCCACCGUCAUUGCCACAGAUGUUGAAUCCAUCGUUGCAUCAGCAAAUGCAAAAUCAGCAGGAUCGUAGCCGUCAGCCAACGCAUCAAUUGCCGAACCAUUUGAGUUGCGGCCCAAAUAUGAAUCACAGCGGAAUGAAUAGCAACAGUGGAAUGGCCACAAUGCAAAUGCCACCAUCGAUGCAAAGCAGCAGCGUUGGUAUGUACGAUCACAUGCAGCCCAGCGUCAAUAUAAAUGGUGUAAAUAUGUCGCCAAAAACUGAUCAACAACAAAAUCAAAUGAUGCAGUCUCAGCAUUUGAAUGCGAUGCAACCGCAAAACCAAUUUUUGCAAAGCCGCAACACAAGCUCGAUAAACACAUCGGCAGCAAAGAAACUCUGGGAGAAAGGUGGUGGAGUGUCCGAUAUGAAGUUGACACCGUUGCAGUUACACGGUGGCCCGGAGCAAGUUUGGCGUGAUUCGACCUGGUCAACACAAGGUGAAGCCAUUUUAGCACCACCUCGACGCUAUCCACAUGAUUCCAAUCCAAGUGCUGGCAUUUUAAGUCCACGUGAUUCGACUGGCGGCCUUGGGGUGAAAAUGGUCGAAUACGUUUUGGGUGGUUCGCCCACGAAUAAAGAAAGCCCAUUAUCAAAUAUGGAAUCUCGUCUGCGUGGCUUGAAAUUCGAUGAAAAUGAUAAGACAAACGAUGAGAAAGAAAAGCAAAAUUCACCAUUCGACACAAAUGGCCUGAAGAAAGAUGAACCAGUUUCAAAUGGUGGCAUCAACGGCAUCGAUGAUGACAAAGGAUUCAACCGUACACCUGGUUCACGUCAACCAUCACCAGCCGAUGAAACAAUAUCUCGCAAUCCACAAAUGCUGCUCGAUCCGACCACAAACAAUUUCCAUCAGCAACACUUUCAGCACAUGCUGAAUACGAACACCAACAUGGACAUGCCGUAUCAUCCACCACUUCAUCAUCAGAUGCAAGGACCAGUUAUGAAUGGUGGCCUCCAAGUGCCGCAGAAUUCGCAAAUGGUGAACCAACCGCAAGGACACAACUCGAUGGACUCAUCGGCCGCUUUAUUGCAGCAACAGCACAAUUUUGAUGUACAGCAACUGUUUCGUUCUCAGAAUCCGAGUUUAGCUUCAAAUGCCGGCGUUGCACCACCGGGUCAGCCCACCGCACAGCCACAGAUUCCACAGACACUACCGUUGCCUUCACAACAGUACUUAGCACAGCAAAGUGCUGCCUAUGCAGCAGCUACCCAACAGCCCACACCAUACGUCAUUAAUCCAGGUCAAGAUGCGACACGGUACAUCGAAAUGGGUCUUAUACCAGCUGGAAUGCCGCAGUAUUAUGGCGUUCCAUGGGGUAUGUAUCCAGCCAACUUGAUACCACAACAAAGUUCACAGCCACCACAAAGGCGACCAUUGACACCGUCACAACAAGCCGGAGAAAAUCAACCACCCUAUCAGAUGAUUCAGGCAUAUUAUGAUCAAAGCGGUUCAAUAGUUAUGGGGCCACGAACUGGUACACCGAUGCGUUUAGUAAGCCCAGCUCCAGUUCUAGUACCACCUGGUGCUCAAGCACGUGCACCACAAUCCAUGUACCCACAGCCGCAAACCGCUCAACAAAAUCUCUACUCGCAACAGAACGGUUCUAGUGUCGGAGGAUUGGCGCUAAAUACAUCAUCUUUGACGGCACGUCGUGAUUCAUUUGAUCGCAACACAUCGGCAUUCAGUCCGUCGCUUGACUUUAAUUCAUCGUCAGUGGCUGCUGUUGCUGCCGCGAAUGGAAACGGAACUGCAAGUCGCAAAUGGCCAGUUAAUAAUUAUGGUGCAAUGGCAUCAGUUAGCCCAUUGGCGCCGGGAACACCGCCACCAACAGGUUUAGGCGCUUUGGUAUCCAACCGUGCUCCAGGUGCAGAGACAAAAUAUCGUAAUAUAAAUCAAUUGGCUCCGGUCGGUUUAUCAACCGCAAACACAAUCUUUGGCUCAUCCAAUUCGCUAUUCUCCAAGAUUCCGGGAACGGUUCCAGUCACCGUUUCAGCCGCGCCUGGUGUAUCAGCAACACGAUCGACCACUACAACUACUCUUGAUCGUUCAUCGGGCCGUUCACGUUUGCUCGAAGAUUUCCGCAACCAACGCUAUCCCAAUUUGCAACUACGUGAUUUAACCAAUCACAUUGUAGAGUUUUCGCAAGAUCAACAUGGUUCGCGGUUCAUUCAGCAGAAAUUGGAGCGUGCAACAGCUGCUGAAAAGCAGUUGGUGUUCAAUGAAAUCUUAUCGUCAGCCUACAGUUUGAUGACCGAUGUCUUUGGCAAUUAUGUGAUUCAGAAAUUCUUUGAAUUCGGUACACCGGAACAAAAAUCGACCUUGGCCCAGCAAGUGAAAGGCCAUGUAUUGCCGCUUGCAUUGCAAAUGUACGGUUGCCGUGUCAUUCAGAAGGCGCUCGAGAGCAUUCCAUCGGAGCAGCAACAGGAGAUUGUUCGUGAGCUGGACGGGCAUGUGUUGAAAUGUGUUAAGGAUCAAAAUGGAAAUCAUGUGGUACAGAAGUGCAUUGAAUGUGUCGAACCGGGCGCACUUCAGUUCAUAAUCGGUGCAUUCUCGGGUCAAGUGUAUACAUUGAGCACUCAUCCGUAUGGAUGCCGUGUUAUCCAAAGAAUCCUCGAGCACUGUACAACCGAACAAACCGCACCAAUUCUAGCCGAAUUGCAUGCACACACCAAGAAUUUGAUUCAGGAUCAAUACGGAAACUACGUCAUUCAACAUGUUUUGGAACAUGGAAAACCCGAAGACAAAUCGGUGUUAAUUGCUAGCGUACGUGGAAAAGUGUUGGAGUUGUCGCAACAUAAAUUUGCAUCGAAUGUUGUCGAGAAAUGUGUUACACACGCAACACGUGCCGAACGAGCCUUUCUCAUCGAGGAAGUUUGUCAAUUUAAUGAUAAUGUUUUACACAUUAUGAUGAAGGAUCAGUAUGCCAACUAUGUGGUACAAAAGAUGAUUGACGUGUCGGAGCCGACGCAGCGCAAAAUUUUGAUGCAUAAAAUUCGGCCGCACAUGAAUUCAUUGCGUAAAUACACAUACGGAAAGCAUAUUAUUGCCAAAUUGGAAAAGUUCUUUAUGACCAAAUCAAAUGCGAUCGCCCCAUCGGCAACGGUUGCUGCAAACAGUACGGGCGGUGCAUCGAUUGGAAAUGCCGUCGCAUCACUGAAUUCAAGCCUAACGACCAACGCAUCGAAUACGAGCACAUCGUCGGUGUCAACAAGUGUGGUGGUGGUUGGCAACAGUGUUUCGACUGAACCAACGCCGAUGCAAUCAAAUCUCGGACCCAUCGGUCCGCCAACAUCAAAUGGUGUUUUGUAAACAGAGCGUUGAGAUCUCUUUUUAUAAACCGAAACAAAAAUAGUAUUUCUUUAGUGUGUGUGAGUGUGUGGAGGAUGACAACGGGGAAACACUUUUUAUUUGCUGAGCGCACGUUUCAAAAUCGUUGAUCAUCAAUUCAGAAUCACAACUCAUUCAUACACACACACACUGAAUCGAUCAUGCAUAACAUAUUUGAUUUUGUUCAUUAGGCUAAGCAUUAAUUUUAUUCCCCAUUUAAUUUUCAUAUUUUUCUUUUUCGUCAUAACUCUUCUUUUUUAAUAUUCUUGUAAUUUGAUAAACUUGAUUUAGUUCGGUUUUCUCUCAAGAAUUUCAUUCUAGACACAUUUUAAGUACGGCACUUUUAAAUGAAAUCGUCAUAGAAAAGAAGUUUUUUCUUUCUCGCUGUUAAAAUGAGCAUAAAACAAUGCACGCUGAAUCAAUGCCUAGAAAACAUAUAUAUGUAUGCUCCCACAAUGGGCCAAAUAACACACAGCAACACAAAUAUAUGAACUGAUUUUACUUGUUUGAAUGGAAGAAAAACAAAUCGCUCUACAUUUCAUGUAGUGCUUGCAAAAAAAUCCGAACUUUAGUCAUGUAUCGAUGAUAAUCAGCAUCACUCUUUUCAACACACUCUAUCUCUUCUGUUUUCCAUUUGAUAAUUGAACUUUGGUUCAAUGAGAAACAAAAACUGAGUAUAAUUUCAAAUCGCUAGACUUUUUUAUACAUAGAUACUAUGACUUUUGAUAAACAAAAAACAUAAGCAAGUGCGAAAAUUGGAGAGUUUUCAAUGGAACAGAGUAAAUUGAAGGCAAUGCCGCAAUUUGUGUUGAUUUUUUUUUGCAUAACAGAAAUGCACUGUUAUAGUAGAGCAGCAAGAAAAAAGAGAAAAAGAAAUCGAGUUGUUGAAGAAAUGAAUGUUUGUCGUGCAUAUCGUGUUUUCAUUUGAAACAACAGCAACAAAUAUAUAAUUGUAUAGGGAAAAACCCUCAUCAAAAUUUCAGUGUUUUUUUAGUCAUAAUCACCUCAAAUUUGAAGAAAAACGUAAAGAAAUUGAAAAUUGCACUUGUUGAAAGGCCGUACGAUUGCGACUGAUUUAAAAAAUAUAUAUAUAUAUAAAUGUAUGUAUAAUCAAAGCAUGAAAAAAGACAAUUCACUUCUUUUCCACUCAUUUCAAAAGAAGUGCACGCUGUUUGAAUUCAGUCAGUUCAGAAAAAUUGAGAAAAUUAACAAAAAUGGCGUAGCAAUCAUAUGCAUACUGAUUGCAAAUGCACACAACAUUUCGCUACGAUGAAUUAUUAACUCUGACUAAACAAAAAGGGACAGAAAUUAACCGAUAAGAAAUGUUCGUAAGAAUAAAACAUGCAUAAAUAUGUAAAAUUUCACUCGAAAAAAAUACACUUCCUCCUUUACUUAUACAUACUUAUUAGUAGUUACAUAUACAUUGUUCACUAUUUCUAAUAAUACACACAAUCCCAAUUUUAGUAUUUGUAAUCAAGAAUAAUAUAAAAAAAAAUUCAACAAUUUUCAUGUUCAGUGUUAAUACGUACAUAAAAAAAACAACAACAAAAUAUUCAUGAUAAAUAUUACAUGGUUAAUCAAAUUGUAAAUGAAUUAAUUCAACAACAACUAAAAAUUUAAUGUUAUUUAGAUAAUAGAAAUAAUAAAAAAAUGCAUACAUAAACAAUUGUAAAAGCCGAUCAGAGGAACGAUCGAUGAUAGAAAGCAAAA